GUCAUCACGCACGCAGGCACGGGCUUAAAAAAAAAUCAUUUGAGGCGGAAUGACAGUCUGAACUGAAUGCCGCUUUGAAUGAACUCCUUCAACCGCGACUGAGCUCAGCGACGAGUUGAGUGUUGACGAAGUGGGCGUGGCCUGUUGAAUGAGGUACCGUGAAGAGGACGUGGAGAAGAAGGGCCUCCAGCCAUGACUCAUCAGGACUGGGACCAGCAGAGCCCUCUCGUCCUGGAACGCGUGGAGAAGGAAACGGGCCCGAGCUGGCGGUCCGUGGCGUCGCAGCGCCUGAAGAAGCACUGCUCGUGCACGCCGAAGAAAGCCAAGUCCAAGAUCCUGGGCUUCGUGCCCAUCCUGAAGUGGCUGCCGCGCUACCGGCUCCGGGAGUGGCUGCUGGGCGACGCCAUGUCGGGGCUGAUCGUGGGGAUCCUGCUGGUCCCCCAGUCCAUCGCCUACUCCUUAUUGGCCAGCCAGGACCCCAUAUACGGCCUAUACACGUCUUUCUUCACCUCCAUCAUCUACGCCGUCUUCGGCACCUCCCGACACAUCUCGGCGGGGGUCUUCGCCGUGCUCUGCCUGCUCAUGGGUCAGGUCGUGGAUCGGGAAUUGGCUCUGGCCGGAUACUCGGAAAGCGGCGGCGGCGGCUGGAGCAACGGUAGCGCCGUCCUGCUCGCCGGCCUGGGGAACGGCAGCCUCGAGGUGGUGUGCGACAAGAGCUGCUACGCCAUCGCGGUGGGAACCACGCUGACCUUUACUGCCGGGGUCUACCAGAUGCUGAUGGGUAUUUUCCAGGUCGGCUUCAUCUCGGUCUACCUCUCGAACUCCCUCCUCGACGGCUUCGCCACGGGAGCCUCCCUGACCAUCUUCACGUCCCAGUUCAAAUACCUCCUGGGCCUGAAGAUCCCCAGGCCCCAGGGCUGGUUCGUGCUGUUCAAGACCUGGUACAGCGUGCUCGGCAACCUGGGAAACACCAACGUCUGUGACCUGGUGACCAGCUUGGUGUGUCUGCUGGUCCUGCUACCCGCAAAGGAGAUCAACAAUCGCUUCAAGGCCAAGAUGAAGGCUCCAAUCCCCUUCGAGCUCUUCGUGGUGAUAAUCGCGACGCUGGCUUCCCACUUCGGCCGCUUCAACACCGACUACGGGUCGGACGUGUCCGGCGACAUCCCCACGGGCUUCAUGCCCCCGCAGAUGCCCAUGUGGACCCUGAUCCCCAACGUGGCCGUCGACGCCUUCUCCAUCGCCAUCGUGGGGUUCGCCAUCACCGUCUCGCUGUCGGAGAUGUUCGCCAAGAAGCACGGCUACGCGGUGGACGCCAACCAGGAGAUGUACGCCCUCGGCCUGUGCAACAUCCUGCCGUCGUUCUUCCGCUGCUUCACCAGCAGCGCCGCGCUGACCAAGACCCUCGUCAAGGAGUCCACGGGGUGCCACACCCAGGUGUCCGGGCUGAUCAGCGCCCUCGUCCUGCUGCUGGUGCUGCUGGUUAUCGCGCCGCUCUUCUAUUCCCUUCAGAAGUGCGUGUUGGCCGUCAUCAUCCUGGUCAACCUCCGCGGGGCUCUGCGGAAGUUCCUCGACGUUCCCGCCAUGUGGCGCGUCAACCGCGUCGACGCCUCCAUCUGGCUGAUCACCAUGGCGACCUCGGCGCUGGUCAACACCGAGCUGGGUCUGCUGGUCGGGGUCCUGGUGUCCGCCCUCAGCGUCCUGGGCCGGACCCAGCAAGCCCGGGUCCUGGAGCUGGGCCGGGCGCCGGCCAGGGAGCAUUACGAGGACCUGUCUUCGUACCGCGGCCUCCGGACGCAUCCCGAAGUGGCCGUUUUUAGGUACGACGCUCCGAUCUAUUACGCCAACCAGAGCAUGUUCAAGAAGUCCCUCUACAAGUGCGUCGGCCUGGACCCCGUGAAGGAGAAGGACCAGCUGGUGAAGUUAAGGAAGAGGAACAAGCGGCAGCAGGAGAAGGAGGACGACGGAGUCCCGAACGUGAAGUCGGCGGAGACGGAGGGCGAAGGUAAAGAGGUCGUCACCUUGAUGCUCGACGAGAAAGCCCGGCGCCUCCGCAGCCUGGUGAUCGACUGCAGCGCCGUCUUGUUCCUGGACACCGCCGGGGUGAGCGCCCUGAAAGAGGUCCGCAAGGAUUACGCGGCACUCGGGAUCAGGGUGGUCCUGGCCCAGUGUAAUACCUCGGUGCUGGACUCGCUGGAAAGUGGCGGGUACUACCCCGACAAAGAAGACCGGAUCCUGUUCUUCACCAUCGCGGACGCCGUCCGCUACGCCCAGAGCCUCUCCGCUCCCAACGGGGACUGAAGCCAGAGCUCCGGUUCUACCAAAUCUCCACGUUUACGCGCAUGCAGCUGUGCAUCAUGCAAAAGAAAACCGCCAAUUGUUACCCAUAAUGCCUCUGGAUGCUCCAGCGCGUCUGUCCGACGCUCCUGCUGCAGACAAGUAUUUAUUUCACAAAGAAAAGAAGCCAAAGAACUCCUAACAAUGUAAACAAACUAUAUAUUUAUACAUAUAUAUAUAUUUUAUUCAUAGUUCCGUCCUACUAACUCGAUCUGAA